AUGGAGCUCGAAGCCAAAUUUGUGUCACCCCAAAAACGUGUCAAAUCGAAUACCGCGAUUUGUAGUAUAAUCAAAACUGACAUUAAAGUAUUUACACGUUACAGUUGGAGAUUGCCACAUUCCCGAUUUGGUUCACUGCCUCUGCCUCCCUCCGUCCAACACAACCCACUCGCCGCCGCCUUUCAUCACCUCCGCUCCACCGCCUACAGAACACCGUCGCCGCCUUCAUUCAUCUCCGGCGGCUUGAAUAUUCCAACCCCGGUCGACCCCGUAGAAGAAUUACACCCGUCAAACUCUCGCACUUCAAAACCCAGCCACGUGGCGUCGGAAAAGGACAUCGAAUUUGGGAAUCCAUGGUGGUUUGUGUACGCCAGUGUUUCGUGUUUCCUCGUGCUCUUCGCAGGGAUCAUGUCGGGGCUGACCUUGGGCUUGAUGUCCCUGGGACUCGUGGAGCUUGAGAUACUUCAGCGAAGCGGCACCUCAACCGAAAAGAAACAAGCCGCAAUUAUUUUGCCGGUUGUUCAAAAGCAGCAUCAACUUCUUGUGACUUUGCUACUAUGCAAUGCCGCUGCCAUGGAGGCUCUUCCUAUAUAUCUGGAUAAAUUGUUCCAUCCCGUCGUUGCUGUCAUUCUCUCCGUCACUUUUAUUCUAGCUUUCGGUGAGAUCAUUCCACAAGCAGUAUGCUCUAGAUAUGGGCUGGCCGUGGGUGCAAAUUGCGUGUGGCUUGUGCGCAUUUUGAUGAUAGUUUGCUAUCCUAUUGCUUACCCUAUUGGAAAGAUUCUGGAUUGUGUCUUGGGUCACAAUGAUGCUUUGUUUAGACGACCUCAAUUGAAAGCACUUGUAUCCAUUCAUAGCCAGGAGGCAGGUAAAGGUGGUGAACUUACUCAUGAUGAAGCAACUAUCAUCAGUGGAGCACUAGAUUUGACUGAAAAGACUGCUGAGGAGGCUAUGACACCCAUUGAAUCAACUUUCUCCCUUGAUGUCAAUUCAAAAUUGGAUUGGGAAGCUAUUGGAAAAAUCCUUGCUCGCGGUCAUAGUCGUAUUCCUGUCUAUUCAGGAAACCCGAAGAACAUUAUUGGACUUCUACUGGUGAAAAGUCUUCUCACUGUACGGGCAGAAACAGAGACUCCAGUUAGUGCUGUUUCCAUACGUAGAAUGCCUAGGGUACCAGCAGAUAUGCCCUUGUAUGAUAUUCUCAACGAGUUUCAGAAGGGAAGCAGUCACAUGGCAGCUGUAGUGAAAGUGAGAGAGAAAGAGAAAAAGCUUCUGCCUUCUAAUGGUCCUAGGAUAGUUGGAGAGAAAAUGUUUACUAAUGGGGAUGCACAAUUGAAAAUCCCCUUGUUGGACAAGCAUGAUCGACAACCAAAUAGCAUCAUAAUCAACAUUGAGAAGUCUCAACAGAAUGGUUUUAUGACAAACAGUUGGAGCCCUGUAGCAGAGGACAUUGAAGAUGGAGAAGUUGUCGGCAUAAUCACCCUGGAAGAUGUAUUUGAAGAGCUUCUGCAAGAGGAAAUAGUUGACGAGACGGAUGUAUAUAUUGAUGUACAUAAAAGAAUACGUGUAGUGGCGGGGGGGGGGGGGUCAUCUGCAGCUUCAUCUGUUGCUCGAGCACCUUCAACUCGUAGGGCAACUGGUCAAAAGUCAUCAGCAGGAGGCCAAGGUAAGCAAGGAGCAACGACAAAGAAGCUGCAGGAAGACGGUAUAAUUCCCACAAGAUCGUAA